AUGACGGAAACGACGGAAACCGACGACCAGUUUCUUGAAAAACCUCCAGCUUAUCUCAGUCCCGACAAAGAGAGAUACUUGUCUACAUUGACGUUGUAUCGGAAAUUACUGGCUGAUCAUGACUGGGAGAAAGCAGCAAAUGCAGUCGCAUCGUAUCAGCAAUUCACUAAAAAACCGGAAGACGUGUCGCGUGAUGAAACCGAGAGCGAGGCAGUGGCUCAGCUUGUCACUACAUUGUGGCAGGAGAAAAGUGCCUCUACUCAAUAUCUUUUUCGAUUGUACAGAGAUCUUCCUGCGCCUGGGAUCACAUUACUCUCUAAGCGGACCCGCGGUGCUCUAUUGCGUCGGUUUGGGAAUCCUCGAGACCGGCGAUGGGUAGAUGCUCGUCGCUAUUUAGCCUUGAUAGAGGAUAUGGUGCUUGCUGGGCUUCCUGUGUCUCUCUCACUCUGGUCUUCUGCCAUCCACCUGGCUGGCCGAGCAAAUGGCACCGUUUUGAAGAAAGACCUAAUUCGAGCCAUUGGCCUAUGGCAGCAGAUGGAACAUGUUGCUGGAGUGCAAGCCGAUGAAGUGGUCUUCAACAUUCUAUUUGACAUCGCCAUCAAAGCCGGCCAAUUCUCAGUUGCGGGUCGGCUAGAGGAAGAGAUGAACAAGCGGGGCAUGAGCUUCUCGCGCUGUGGGAAAGUUUCCAAAAUCUAUUAUCAUGGCAUGAUUAGGGAUGCAGAGGGCAUUCUUAGUACUUUUGAUGACUUUGUGCAAUCUGGGGAGAUUGUCGACACGGUUGUCAUGAACUGCCUAAUCGCUUCUUUCCUGCAGGCGGGCGAACGACGAACGGCGGAGCGGUUGUACGCACGCAUGCUGGAAAAGCAAGAUAAUGAACGCAUCACCAAUCGACAUUCUGAAGACAAAGCAGUGGUUCAGUCUGACCCGCAAAGCUUGACUUACAACAUGCCAGAAUAUCGACAAAAGACCCGAGUGCUAGGCCGUGUCCUAAAGAAGUCUUUGGCUCUUAAGCAGCAGUUCCCCGAAUAUCACCGUGCCCUUCAAAAUUCUCUCUCUUUGUCACCAGAUACACGGACUUUCUACACAUUUCUACGAUAUCACGCCUACACAUCUGGCCAGCUGGACUGUUUCAUGGCUGUUGUAGGUGACAUGGAAAAAGCCUUCGAUGUGCCCCCACGUGGCAUCAUCUAUCUCUUCCUUUUUGAAGGCUUCGCCAUCCAUGGUCGGAGGAAAAAGCAGUGGAGUCCAGAAAACCUUCGGUUGACCUGGCACGCAUACAUCCGGGCUCUACACGACUCGAAUUCAAGGCUUCGUGGACUAUACCUAAAUAGCCCCAAGAAUGUUUGGGAGAACCCACUUGCCCAUACCGUGGAUAUCGACCUGGAGCAAGAGCUUCCAGUGAGUGAUUCUCCCAACGGUCUCUAUAUGUCUCUGCCAUCAACAGACGGAGAGCACAACGCCACGGAGCUGGAAGGCGAGAAAAAUGGCGAUCCAUCUUCCCCACAAGACCCCGAUCGCAAGGGUCUUGAAUCACCUGAGUCAAAAUCUGCCAAAGAGGAAGAAGACGAUUUCAUGUCUCAAGACGAACUCGACGAGGUGUUUAGGCCUCGCCCUCAUUCCGAGUCUGAUCAAGAACAGCACGUCGAUCGACACGUCGAGAAUGGGGUUUUCAUUGGACGCCGCAUGAUAACCAUUAUUCUAAGAGCAUUUGGAACAUGUUGCGGCCCUAAAGAGGUCCUCGAUGUUUGGGUGCAACUCGAGCGGCUCUGGCAUCCUGAGCACCGAAGGGCGAUUGACGUCCUUGCUAUCAAGGAAGAGCUUGAUAAACAGAUGUCAAGGAAUCCACGCCGGGGGGACUGA